AUGGACUGGAGCAGCUGCACUUCCAUUGGUUUAGUGUUCAUCCUGACUUUUCUAUCCAUUUGGAAAAUGGGAGGUUUCUGGAAUAACCACCGGAGGAAGAAUUUUCCCCCAGGACCAAGAGCAUUACCUAUCAUUGGAAAUCUGCAUUUGUUUGAUUUGAAGAGACCCUACAGGACUUACCUACAGCUGUCAAAAAUAUAUGGUCCAGUCUUCAGUGUUCAGAUGGGGCUAAAGAAAACAGUAGUGAUUUCUGGGCAUGAGACAGUGAAGGAAGCUCUCGUAAACCAGGCAGAUGCAUUUGCAGAGAGACCUAGAAUCCCAAUCUUUGAAGACUUGACCAGAGGAAAUGGGAUUGUUUUUUCUCGUGGUGAAAACUGGAAGGUGAUGCGAAGAUUUACUCUCACAACCUUAUGAGACUUUGGAAUGGGAAAAAGGGCCAUUGAGGACCGCAUUGUGGAGGAGUACGGGUAUCUGGCAGACACCAUCGGGUCACAAGAAGGAAAGCCCUUUGACGCUAGUAAAAUGAUUCAUGCAGCAGUUGCUAACAUAAUUGUGUCAAUAUUAUUUGGAAAACGAUUUGACUACAAAGACUCCAGAUUUGUGAGACUUCUACAUUUGACCAAUGAAAGCACAAGGCUUGCUGGGAAGCCUUUGGUUACGAUGUACAACGUCUUCCCACACCUUGGAUUACUCCUAAGGGCUAACAAGACUCUUCUCCAAAACAGAGAUGAAUUCCAUGCUUAUGUACAAAUCACUUUUGCAGAAUGUCUCAAAACCCUGGACAAAAAUGAUCAAAGAAGUUUUAUUGAUGCUCUCCUUGUUAAACAGCAGGAGAAAUCCACUACAGGGUAUUUCCAUAAUAGCAACUUGCUAAGUUUGGUGAGCAAUUUGUUUACUGCUGGUGUUGAAACAAUUUCCACCACACUAAACUGGAGCUUUCUGCUGAUGCUAAAGUACCCUGAAAUUCAGAGAAAGGUCCAAGAAGAGAUAGAGCAAGUGAUAGGGUCAAACCCCCCACGGAUUGAGCAUCGAACUCAGAUGCCAUAUACGGAUGCUGUCAUCCAUGAAAUUCAGAGGUUCGCUAAUAUCCUGCCAUUGGAUUUGCCUCAUGAGACUGCUGCAGAUGUCACCCUCAAAGGCUAUUUCAUUCCCAAGGGAACCUACAUCAUCCCCUUACUGACCUCUGUCCUGCAAGACAAAUCGCAGUGGGAGAAACCAGACAUGUUCGAUCUUGAGCACUUUCUUGAUGCCAACGGAAAAUUUGUGAAGAAAGAUGCUUUCAUGCCUUUUUCAGCAGGGCUGAGGAUCUGCACCGGUGAGACUCUUGCCAAAAUGGAGCUCUUCCUCUUCUUCACCAGCCUCCUGCAGAGGUUCACCUUCCACCCUCCCCCUGGCGUGUCUAUCUCAGACCUGGACCUCAGCCCUGCUAUUUCAUUUAACAUCAUCCCCAAACCCUAUAAAAUGUGUGCUGUAACACGUUCCUAA